GAUGUGGGUUUGUUUCCCGGGCGUCCUGUAGCGGGAGCUGAUGAAAGAAGAGACUGUUAGCGGAGAGGAAGAAGCGGAAGAUGGCGGUUCAAAGGUUAAACUGGGACUGAUUCCGGUGGAGCUGGGGGUCACAGAGAGGGGGAGUGAGAGCGUACGUUCUUCAAAAUGUUGUUACGCAGGGCGUUGCACAUCGGAGGCUUGACACUGAAACACAGCAGGUCCAUCCACCACAGUUCUGUAUGGAGGAGUCCUCUCAUACCCAUAGUUGUGGAGCAGACGGGGAGAGGAGAGAGAGCGUAUGACAUCUACUCUCGCCUUCUCAGAGAGAGAAUCAUUUGUGUAAUGGGUCCAAUCGAUGACUCUGUAGCCAGCCUGGUCAUUGCACAGCUGCUCUUCCUCCAGUCAGAAAGCAACAACAAACCCAUCCACAUGUACAUCAACAGUCCCGGUGGUGUGGUCACAGCAGGCCUGGCCAUUUACGACACCAUGCAGUACAUCCUUAAUCCCAUCUCUACCUGGUGUGUCGGGCAGGCAGCCAGCAUGGGCAGCUUACUCUUGGCAGCAGGAACAUCAGGCAUGAGGCAUUCACUGCCCAAUGCCCGGAUCAUGGUUCACCAGCCUUCAGGAGGUGCCAGGGGUCAGGCCACAGACAUCGCCAUCCAGGCUGAAGAGAUCCUGAAGCUGAAGAGACAGAUCAAUAACAUUUAUGCCAAACACACAGGGCAGCCACUGGAAACCAUUGAGGGUGUGAUGGAGAGAGAUCGCUACAUGAGCCCCAUGGAGGCGCAGGACUUUGGUCUCAUUGACCGGGUCCUGGUCCACCCACCCCAGGCAGGCCAGGAUGAGCCUGAGCUGGUGCAGAAAGAGCCAGCGGCAGCAGCCAGUCCCUCUCCACAGCCAGAGUCUCCAGCUCCAGAGCAGGCACCCUCUGGGACAAACCCCCCCUCUUCAUACAAACCUGAGCCAUGAGUCCACCACAGAGCUGUCUGGAUGUGACACCUGACAGUUCCGGAGAACAAGGCCGAGCCUCCAGGGGUGGUUUAGUUUUAAAUGGAUUCUUUCUCCCCCCUAACCAACACUCUGCAGUCUCCAUGUGUACACGCAUCAUGUACAGUUUGGUCUAUAAAAUAAAAGUAAAAGAAGAGAUGCUGAAAAGGGGCCGACAGUAGUCAGUCAUUGUUCACCUCUGAAGGAAGCAGGAGUAUUGAGCUGAGCUGAUCUCUGAGCAGCAGAGUGAAGCAUGGCUCGAUAAGACGCUCUCUAGUUUAUUUAGGGGAGGGGAAGCCUGUUAAGACUGUGAAGCCAUUUCAUUCUGUACCUCGUCGCUGCAUAGACAUCCACUGAAGAGUGGACACAACCUGUAUGACCUGUAUUUGAAAUACUCAUAUUUGUAAUAAAUAUGAUCAUUUUGACCACAAUUCAUAAA